CAGUCGGGACCGCUCAUACCGACGUCGCCACAAAGCCCAGGUCUACCACGCCUAGCACGCCUUCUACAACACCCGCCUCCUCUGAAGCCCACCAACGCUUCUACGGAAUGGCUGAAGAGGCAGACGAACCGUCGCCCAGGCGUGUCGGAAAUCUUGCCAAAAUGUUCGAGUCGCAGAUGCCAGCUCCCUCCGAAACGCCAGGGAACCGAACGUCGAGAAUCUUCUCGCAGCCGAACUCACGAAGACCGUCGGGCCAGGAACUCGCACCACCGUCUUUUCAGAACGGCCGAAGCACUUCCUCGCCAUGGAGCUCUCGGAACUCUUCAACGACAACGCUCGCGAGCAAUGGCUACGCCAGGACUCUGCAUAGUGCUGGAAAUUCGACAGAAGUGCUCAACCGGAACUCCAGUCGGUCAGGGUCACAGGGGAAUGUUGGCAUCUCCAAUGCCCACGGCGAGGAUAGUGGGGCAGGUACGAAUGGGGCUCGUCCUCGGAAUACGACGCAGACGGGUGAGAUGUCACCGGAGACGAAGCGGCUAUCGGUCUCGCGACUGAGUAUGAUGUUUGAAGGGGGUCUGGACGUUCAUUCUUUGGGGUUUGGCCAGCAGGCUGGCAAUGUCCCAGAUGUGAGAUCGGGACAGCCCCGUGGUGGGAUCGAUAGAUCUGGUGGACGACGUGUGCCGAGUACAGGGGUGCCGUCACGGGUAGACUCAACAUACAAAUCGAUGAGAGACUUUUCAGGGUCAUCAUCCCCGGCAGGAUCCUCAGAGAGUUUGUCGAAGAACAGGCAUGAUGUUCCUGUCCAGAGAUCACGCGAGAGCAGCAUAGAAGUACCGCACACGGUGCCUGUGAAGGAGCGAAUCAAGUCAUGGGCGGUGGAUCUGCCGGCAGGAGCGGCUACGCCGUGGUUGAGCGCACCAUUCAUACAUGUGGAAUCACCGUCCUCAGAAAGAGACACGCCCAAAGCCCCCGCUAUCCCCUCGCCCGGCGCAUCAUAUCCCGUCCCCAUGCCGCCGAAAAGCACGCCUUCAUCCCCGGCGUUCAAACGCUCCCGCCCACCAGCACCACCACCUCCAUCACACAGCAGCAGAGCAAUCGAGAGUCUUCAGUCUUCCAUAUCUCCCGUCCUGGUCAUGCCUAUGCCUCGCAGCAGCACUGCGCCUCAAAUCAGCGACCUAGCACAGACUACCCUCGGAUCAAUAGCAACAGACGAGCCCACCCGACCGCCGCUUGUUCCUACCUUAUCGGAACCGAUCGUGGAGCCCAUCAAAUCAGUUGUCACAGGGGAAGAAGAAAAGAAGCAGAAGCGUCACAAUAUCAUCAAAGAGCUCGUGACGACGGAAAGGGGGUUCUUGAAAGACAUGGAGGUCCUUAUGGAAGUCUACGCGCUUCCGGCCUCUGAGCAAAAGAUCCUCUCUGAACGUGAUCUUCGAAAUCUGUUCUCGAAUCUGGAUGUCAUAAUCUCAACAUCGCGGGCUCUGCUGGAAAUGUUGGAAGCGGCCGUCGGAUCUCCUGACGAAUGGAUCGGCGAAGCGUUCAAUCAGAUGAUGCGCAAAAUCGAGAGCACCUACUGCGAUUACUGCAAACAUAAUGAAGCAGCGCUAGCCAAACUUGCAGAGUUUGCGUCUCCGGAAUGUCCGCCCGAUGUGAAGGAGUUCUUAAAGAACAGCCAAAUGCAGCUUCAGGGUAGAACCGGCGCGUGGGAUUUGGGCAGUCUGGUCAUCAAACCGGUCCAAAGGGUACUCAAGUACCCGCUGCUGAUAAAGCAGCUUCUCAAGGAGACACCGCCGACGCAUCCCGACUUUGAGCAGCUGGUACAGGCGGCGGCCGACAUUGACGUGGUGGCAGAAAAGAUCAACGAGGUGAAGAAGCGGAAAGAUAUUGUCGAGAGAUACGUCGACAAGAAAGGCAACGCCAAUGUCAUUCACGGCAUUACUAAAAAGUGGACCCGAGGAACCCACCAGAUCAAGAAGGCAACAGGGCUGGCCGAUGGCUCCGCUGCGAUUCAAUCUGACGCUCUCUAUGAUGCUCUGAUUGAGAAACUGGAUCAGCAGCUUCGUGGCGUGCAACAACUCUCUGUUGACUUGCAAACAUGGCUGUCCAAACUGCAGCUCUUUUCCGAGAUCCAAGAAACGCUCGUCACGGCUUUCGAAGACAUCUACGUGAUGGGCCGCGAUCGUAGCCGACAGGACGUGCCGGCGGCAGGGCGGGACGACUUUUUCGCCAUCCAGGAAUUCCAAAAAGCAGCUGUCCGGUUCUCCGUCACCGCCUGGCGCGACGCAGAUACCACCACGCGAGAAGUCAUCCAACCCGCUCUGGAUGUUCUCGCCAAGAUGUUCCGUGGCCCCCAAGUAGUGAUCAAGAAACGCGAGCAAAAGCAACUAGACUACGAGCGAGCGAUGGCAAUCAAAGCGCGCGGCGAGCAGGUGGACAAAGUGCUCACGGACUCUGCCGACGCGUACAGUUCCAUCCACGCCCAGCUCAUCGAGGAACUGCCCCGGUUCCUGGACCUCGCCGCAAAGUACAUUGAUGUCGUCGCGGUGCAUAUUGCGGAUAUGCAGGCGAGGACGCACAAGACGUUUCUGGAACAGGUUCAGCCGAUCGUGCAGUUGAUUACCGCUGAUCAGAGCGGGGAGGUUGCGUCGCAUGCCAGUGUUGUGGAGGAGUACAAGGCCGCUCUGGCUGUCGGCGGGGAUUUGGAGCUGUUUACCAGGAGCAUCACACUGUUGGCAAGAUGGAGGGAGACUGUGUGGGAGAAUGCCCCGAUAUUAGAGGCCCCUUACAGCGGGUUUGGAGGCGGGCUGGGAGUCGGGACUGGAAUGUCUUCGAGGUCUUCAUCCCGAUCUGAACUCUCCACGCUGACUCCGGACUUUGGCCCCCGCUCAUCAUCAACUUUCCCCCGCCCAUCGAAUGGCACGUCAGCUUCAUCAAGUUCAAGUUUCAAGGGUUUGCCCCAUCAGGCCCGACGUGCCGACACCGAUUCCAAGCUGAUCGAUUAUGAUGCAGGUCUCCAAAGCCCCAUGCCAAGCUACCAACCCGCCUUCCUCAACACCCAAUUCACCCCACUCAUACCCACCCACUACACCAGCAACAACCCGGACACCCACUCCACCUCCACAUCCCCACCACCCAACUCAUCCCAUUCGCGCACGGCCUCCGCCACCAACAACACUACAAACAAAACAACACGCACCCCCUCCCCACCCCUCGGCUUCGAAGCGGUCGCGAUUUACGACUUUGAGGCUGACCUGCCUGAAGAGGUGGAGUUGAAGGCUGGGGAUCGGAUCCGCGUGCUGGAGGCGGAGGGCAGCGGGGGGGAGUGGUGGUUUGGGCUAGUUAAUGGGAAGGAGGGGUGGUUUCCUGGGACGUAUGUUGAGAGGGUUUGAAGGAUUAGUUUCCCACGAGUGUCCCUAAUUCAUAAGGGUAAUAUCAUGACCGGCUUCGGUAUAUACCCCAUUGGCCCCAUCGCAUUUCAUCUAGAAGUAGCUUAUUUCCUUCUCUUGUACAUAGGCGAAGUAGAUCAUCUGAUGCACACAUACAACAACUUCGUUCUAUCGCCAUUUACCGUCUCAGUUGGAAGAAAUCCAGUUGACGGAAAGCCCUAAUAGCCACUCCGCGAUCAUCAAAGAUAAUCUUUUCUUUGAGCCGCUUAACCUCAGAAGCACCUUCGAGACGGCAGGCUAAGCAAGGCCCGAUAUUCAGUUGAGGGAAAGAAAUCUCACUAGGGAUUGAGAAAAAAC